AUGGAGAAUAGCAACAUCAAUCAAAUAACUAUUGGAACUUUAAAUCGAAUAAAUAAUCCGUAUUCUGUUGGAAGUAUUGAAGGACUCAAUUUUAUUGCUUGUGCAAUAGGAUCUCAUUUACAUAUUUUAACUGAAAGAUUCGAAAAAAUUCAUGUUAUUCAUUGUGAUAUAAAUAAUUGUGAAAUUACUGCAGUCAGUUGCUGUUCUGAAUCUGGAAAGAUUUUUCCAUAUACAUGGACAGAAGCCCAAAGUUGGAGUAUGGAAGAUAAAAUUGGUGGAGUUCAUUGGGUGCUAGAAGGAUUUCGUUUACUUUUAUUUGUUGGAACAGAACUUAUACUUUAUCAAGACAAAAUUAUUUCCUGUUCAGUUGCAAUGAAUAAGCCUGCUCAAACUAAUGGAAUUAAAUUUACUUUAAAUUCAGAUGAAGAAAUUAAAUGGGAAGUUAUUUGGAGAAUUAAAUUAGCUAACAAAAUUAAACACGUCCGUUUUUCAAACGACGGGACUUUAUUUGCUACUUGUGGUUCUCAUGAUCCUUUUGUCAAAAUUUGGUAUCAACUUAAAGAUUCUUUUUCUUUUAUUUAUUUGCAACACCCUUCUUCUGUUUGUGGCUUUGAAUGGAGACAUUCUGGGGGAUUUUUAAUGCCUCGCAAAUUAGUUCACAAUGCUUUAAUUACAUGGUGUGAGGAUAAUACUGCGAGAAUAUGGAAAGAAGUCCAAAAUGGGGAUACAGGUCUUCAAUACAAUUUUAUCAAUGAUAUUCAACAUGCAAUUGUUCAACAAAAUGGGCAUCCUUCUGUUAUUAAACCAAAGCAUAAUCCACAUCGCGUUUCAUUGCAGAUGAGAAAGGCAAAAGCAAGGCUAAUACAAAAAUUUACUCACCAUCAAACUGAAAAAAAGAAACCCGACAUUCAAAAUUCUACACAAGUUCCCGAUUCAUCCGUUCCAGUUCGUCCCUCUUCAAUUGCUGAUUUUUCUAUUCCUAAUUAUGCCUCAGGAAAUCCUUUAGUUUUUUGUUUAAUUGCAACAAUUAAUGCAGAAGAUUGUCUACUUGUUCCUGCAAUUAGUCGUGUUUCUGAAAACAAAGACGAUGACGUGAAAAGAAAGCGACAUUCAAGAUUAUCAUUUUCUGUCCACUGGUUGAACAAUAAGGAAUAUGAUUUUGAAAUGGGGACACAAAAAGUUUUGGCAGAAAAUUUAGCCGAAAAUGAAUCUCGAGAUUUGUCUCCAUGUCAAAUUGUUUCAAUGCAUUCUUCAAGUAGUAGUGCUGGUUUUGCUGCUGACUUUUUAACUCCACAUCCAGGAAGUCUAUCACAUCCGUUAACUUCCCCAAAUUUGAUUAAAACAAGUCAACAGGCUGCUGAAUUGAAUGAUCCGAUGUCAAAUGAUUCAAUAGAUCACAAAUUGGAAGGUCUUUUAAGACAUUGGGUUAAAUCUUGUGAUAUUCUUUUUGCGAUUCAUCCAAUGGAUGGAAGCUUGUUAACAUGGACACUGGAAUGGCUAGAUGAUUAUUGGAAGCAACCUACAGUCAGUUUUGCUUCACGAAUUCCAGAAGCAUUUCCCCUAUCCGAUGCAGUUUCUCUAUUAUCUCCAAUGAACACUUUGCGUCCAUCACUUCACAUACUUUUUGAAUAUUCUCACAAAAGAAAAUCUGAUAUUGAAGAACAAAGUCAUACUCAAGAUUUUCAAGCUUUUCUUGCUCGAAAUAAGUAUUUGGCUAAAAACAAUGAAAUUUAUUUAUUAACAAAUCACCGAAUUGGUACCUUAAAUUUAUGGCGGAUACAAAUAGAAAAUACUCCAAAUGAAAGUGUUAUCCAACACCAAAAUAUUCCAAUUGCUGCUUCUGUUACAAACGUUGUACAUGGAUAUAGGAUAUGCAAACCUUCUAAUGAGCCAACAAAUUUGGAAAUUCAUAAAAAUGAAGGACUUUUCGAUGCUGCUUGCCUUUCUACUCCUCUCCUUCCUCAAUAUCAUCCAACUCAACUGGUUGGAAUGCUUAAUGCUGGAAAGAUACAAAGAGUCCGUGCUAUACUUUUGAAUGUUUUACACGCAUUACGAGCAAAUAAACAGGUCCGUAAAUUGUCUUCAGUUCGUCGAUAUUCUUUCGGUCGCCAAUCUUCUGUAGUGAAGCGACAAACUAUUGAUUAUGAUUUUGAUCCGGAUGUCAAACAGAGACGAAAUAGUAUUUCUGCUCGAUCUUCUUUCAACAAUAACGUCAUGGAACAAAAUCAAGUUGAUUCAAUUCCUUCUCUUCCUUUGUAUGCUUUGUUGUUAGCUGAUGAAGUUUCAGAAAAUGCGACAAAUUCUCAACAAAGCCAACUUGUUACAAGAAGUUCUUUCGACAAAAAGGAGGAGACAAAUGUUUAUGAUUCACUUUUCGCUCGAAGCAUUACUGAAGAAGAAAACUUUAAAUUUGAUGAGGACGAUUUUGAUGAUCAAUCAGACGAUGAAAGAAAAAAUUCAGUCAGUCGUAGCCGAAAAUUUUCUAUCGGAAGUUUAAAUGAAGCUAGUUUUUUGGUUUUAACAAAUCCAGGUUCUCCACCUGCCGCUAAAUUUACUGCAAAUCACGCAAGAUACUUGACUGAUAUUCUCACUCACACUCAUUUACAUGGUCUAUCCAACACUGAUCAAAUGCAUUUAUUAGCUGUAGCGGAUACGAUAAGUCAUUUUUCCAGUUCGGCAGUUGACAGAUUGGCACAUGCAAACGCUAUGUUUGAACAAGAAUCGUCAGCUAAUGAUAAGAAUGAACAAACAACUUUUGCUUACACUACUGGAAUGGAAACUGUAGACGAAUGUGGAUUGCGGUUUUUAAUGGCUAAAAAACAAUAUGAAUAUUUACUUCGUUGUUUACCGCUUAAACAAAGAAAACAGCUGAAAACAAAUGGAAUUUCUUCCGCAUAUGUAAUUUGGGCAUUCCAUUCUGAUACUGAAGCUGAAUUGCUUAGUUCAAUUCCUUGUGUUCAACGUCAACAAGAAAACUGGGAUGAAAUGCGUUCUUAUGGUGUUGCUUGGUGGUUGAGGAACGUUGCUUCACUUCGAACUUGUAUUGAAAGAGUUGCGAAGAAUAUUUUUCAAAAAGAUCAAAAUCCUUUGGAUGCUGCUUUAUUUUAUUUAGCCAUGAGGAAAAAGAAUGUCUUGACACAACUCUUUAAGACUGUUAAUGACACACGAAUGUAUGAAUUCUUUAGAGAAGAUUUUACUCAAGAGAAAUGGAAGAAGGCUUCGCUUAAAAAUGCUUUUAUUUUAAUGAGCAAACAACGCUUCCAUCAUGCCGCAGCAUUUUUUCUCUUGGCGGGGUCAAUUAAAGAUGCUCUUCAGAUAAUCUUGGCUAGAAUUCACGAUUUACAAUUGGCUAUAGUCAUUUUGCGUUUAUAUGAAGUUGAAACUGAAGCACAAUUUGAACUUCUUUCAGAACUUCUUUGUAAAGAGGUACUUGGCUGUGAAGUAGAACACUUUAGACAAUUGAUAAAAAAUUAUGAGAGUAAGAAAACUGUUGAACCAAUUACUUUUCCAAAUGCAAGAGGAGAUCCUUUUGAACGGUCAAUGUCUCUUUGGAUAAUGAAUGAAUAUGUUUUUUCUGUUGAAACAUUUCUUGAAGAGGCAAAUGAUCCUAAGAGGAUUAAAGAUCGUGAAAUAAAAAUGGAAAGGACUAAUAGCGACGAUACUUUGAGACAUUUUGAACCAUCAUUCCCGGAUAUAUUCAAUUUUUAUUCAUUUUUGAGGAGACAUCCACUAGUGAUUCGCCAAAAAUUAACACGUGCUGGUAUUGCAAUGACCACAACAGAACAUUUUCUUACAUGGACACGUAGAAUUGGUUCAAGGCUUAGCGAUAGUGAAAAACGUCUUUAUUUGAGAACGGCAAAUGCUCAUUUGGAUUCUGGUUGUCCGCUUUUAUCGCUUGAUGUUCUUACUUCGUUGCCCAAACAAUUUGGGCAAGAGGCGGAAUUAGAAGUAAUACUGCCUGAUGUGAAUAGACCAUCUCUUGAUGAACAGAUUGAUUGGUCUAUGCCUGUUUCAUCUAAAUUAAAUCAGGAAGAACGAUUUACUUCAAUUAAGCCAGAAAUUAAUGGAAAUUCACUUAAGAAAGAUUUGAUUACAAAACAUGAAUUAUCAACUUUAGAUUGUUCAUCUGAAUUACAAGAUUUGAAAUUAUUUUCGACAUUGAGUAUAAUGACUGAUGAACUUACAACAUUAGCCAAUGGAGAUUAUGAAAUUCCUGGAGGCCAACUUCGUUUAAAGCUUUAUUGUUGGUUGGAAAGGGAAUGUGAAGUUCUUAAAAAUAUUUGCUAUUCGCAAGAAGAUGAUUUUGAAGAUGAAGUGAACGAAGAUGAGGAAAACAGUCAAUGUUCAUCAAAUAUUAUAAACAAUGAAGAGCCGACAAGUUCGAUUAUUAAAGGAACAGAUGAAGAAUUACCACCUCUUCACGAAGCAUUAGAACAAGACAGAAUCGAAUUAAAAGAACGUAAAUCAAAAGCAUUGAAACGAAGACUAUGGUUAAAAAGACACCAAAAAAUUUUACAUUCUUUGGCUGCAUAUUGUGCCUUACACGGUAGCAGAAAUAUUCGUCUUAUUGCGGUACAAAUGGAAUUGCUUUUGCUUUUAAUGGAAGCUCAAAGAGAUAAGGAAGUAUCAGAUAUUAGAACUUUUCCUUUACUUGCUGCAUCUCUUUCACCCAACGUUAACUCACCUAUUUCUCCACUUCGUUUCAUGUCUGAACAAUGCGCUUCGUUGCUCUCUGCAAUAAAUCAGUUUGAUAAAAUUCCUCAAAUUGAUACUGAUGUUUCUAAAGUUAUGAAACUAUUUUCACUUUGCCAAGGACUUUCAUUUUGCGUCUACCAAUCUCUUUCAAAUAUUGAAUUAUUUAAUCAAUUUCGACUAUCUCCUCAAACGUUUUCUGGUCCAUUAACACAACCUAUUCGACGAACUAGUGUUUCGGUUACUGCAAUUGAUGAAUUAGAUGUUCGUAGUCAACCACAACAUUGGCCUGGCGUUGAUAGUUUAAUUAAACUUUUGAAUCGAGAAAGUUUGCUUGACAACACUCCUCCAAAUUUACGUCUUCUACUUGUUGAAUUCUUUUCAACAAUUUUUCUUUCAACAUUCCUCUAUACUUUCACUUUUUACGACUCUAGACUACUUUAUCGUUUGGCCGCGCAUCCUAUUGGUAAUCAAAUGUUUGGAGAGAUUUUUGGCGGUGGUGGAGAACAUAAACUAAAAAGCGCCAUCCCAGUACGUCCACCACCCCCAAGAAUUGGUGAAAGAACUGAAAGUAAUUCUCAACUUCAACAACAAAAUUCUAAUCAAGUUGAGGAAAUAGCUUUAAUGAGAGCAAAAUUACAUGCUAAAGUAUUUGCUCCCUCAUCUAAAGCUACAAUUAACCAAAAAUUACCUUCCAAAACUCAUCAAGGAGGUGCUUCAGAACAAAUUAUUCAAUGUUGGAUUCCCCCAAGAAAACACAUUUUACAAUAUUUUACAGAUAAAGUAUUAAGUAACCAAAUAGGAACAGUUGCAGAUGCUAUUUUUGAUGAUUAUGAUUCUGAUCAAGAAUCAAAUGAAGAAAAGGAAUUAGAUGAAACUACAACUGACUAUUUUAAAUUCCAAAGUGAUUUGGAUGAAUUGUCUUUAAAUAAAGAAAGAAUAUAUCCACAUUGUUGUCAUGAUAGUUAUGCGUGGCAAUUAAUUCGUUUGGCACUUUUAAGGCUUAUAAUUUCUAAAAUUGAAUGUUUUGUUGAGCUUGCUGGUUUUGAUUUGAGAGAAGUUGCAAGAAGAUUUCCAAAAUUAGAACAGUCGAUUACAUGUCUUAAUUUAUGGGCUGCACAAAUUGAAGCAAAGCUGGGAACAGAUUUAACUGAAUGUCCUCCUGAUUUCCUGCCAAAUAUGCAUGUUCAAGAACUUUCUGACAGUGAACAACAUCAAAAUCACGGGAAACCUGUUGCUGCAACACCAACACUAAAUAAAUACCACAAUUUAUUGUUAGAACAUGGAAACACUCCAUUUGAAUAUGAUGAAACUGGUGUAAAGCCUGUUAGACGUUUAUGGAUUCAGCUUGUUCAUCAAGAGAGUUUAAUGCCUCUUUUUGUCCGUUUUAUUUUUGGGAAAGAAAAAACAAAAUCUCUAAGUUCGUUCACUGAUGGAAGCGUCGAAAGCCGUUGUGGACGUCAAGCAGCCCCUAAAAAUAUUAUCUCACAAUUUCUUAAAAUAUUGAAUUAA